GUUUCCCGAUCCCCAACUCGCAAGUCGCAACCCUAAUUCCCGUCUCGUUUCUCGCCGCCGAAGCUCCGAGCCUCCGACCAUGGACGGCAUGGGCGACGGCCACACGCCCGGCAUGAACGGGACCACGGUGCCACCGCCCCACCGCCACAAGAUGAUGAUGAUGCACAUGACCUUCUUCUGGGGCACGCAGGCCGAGAUCCUCUUCUCCGGCUGGCCGGGCACCCGGACCCGCAUGUACGCCCUGGCCAUCGUCUUCGUCUUCGCCCUCUGCGUCCUCGUCGAGUGGCUCUCCCACAGCCGCCUCUUCAUCCCCGCCAAGCCCGGCUUCGCCGCCGGCGUCCUUCGUUCGCUGGUGCACGCGCUGCGCAUGGGGCUCGCGUACCUGGCGAUGCUCGCCCUCAUGUCCUUCAACGGCGGCGUGUUCCUCGCUGCGGUCUCGGGGCACGCGGUGGGGUUCCUGGCGUUCGCGAGCGGGGCGUUCGGGAAGCCGGAGGAGGUGUACCGACCGGACGCGGGGAAGGCCGCCGCAGAUCUACCUUUGAUGAGCUGCUGAUUCAUGACGGGAGUGAGCUUCGUGGUGAGAUUACUCUAGACGUUAAUUGGAUUGAUGGUGCUUAUAAGUUGCGGUGUUGUGGCAAGUCACUGUACGACAGUGGAAUGAAGAUUCGUUUGAUGAUACACUGGUUGAAAAAAGUCCUUUUGAUCUCUUUACAUUUCUCAAGAUUAUCGUGAGCUCCCUUUUCGGACGCUCUUAUGCAAGGGCGUGCGGAGGCUAAUGACUUACUAAGUAUUAAUCUUA